ACACCCUUCUCCCGUCUCUUCGUCUCCGUUCUCUGCUCCACGCCUCCCUCUCCCCUCCGAGAAGUGCAUUUCCUUGGGAGCCAUGGAGGAGCUGGAGCUUCCGUUCCCCUGGCUGCCGGUGGAUCUGUCGGAUCUUUCUUGGGAGCAAAUGGAGCUGGAGCUUUCUUUGGUGCCGAUGGAGCUGCCGGAGCAGGGACUCGGCGAUCUUCUCGCCGAACAGCUGUUCGGCGGUUUCGGCCUCGCGAGCACCACCGCCCCCCGACUCCAGAUGGAGGAUCAUCCAAAACUUGAUGACGCUGACCUGGACGGAUGGUUAAAAGGUCUUGCAGGUGUUUCCAAUACAUCUCCUUUGCCGGAGACAAAUAUCCAUCAUCAGGUGGAUGAGGCAAGUCAUUCCUCAUGGCAUAUGGGUGGUUGGAAAACUCGCUCAAGAAAAACUCGCAAGAAAAGGAUAUCUCCAUGGCAGAACCUAGUGUGUUUUGGAGGGUUAUCUUUAGCAAGUUUCAGCAGGGGAUACACAACUAGGAAAAACAAUAGCCGCUGGACACAAAAAGAAGUGGAGUCACUGGUAAACGGUGUAUCAGAAUACGGCGUUGGACGAUGGACUGAGGUGAAGAGAACAUAUUUCUCACCAUCGGUUCGAACAGCAGUAAAUCUUAAGGAUAAAUGGAGAAAUUUGUUGAAAGCUUACGACGUCAAAUAUAAAUCUAAUAAGAAGGGGAAAAUACAAAAAACAACGCAGCUGCAUUUAGAACAACCAUUGAUCGAUUGGAUCAGGGAGUUAGCUGAUAAGUAUCGACAAGGCGAUGAAGACACACUUAGCGACAGCAGCACGGAUGCACAAUCACUGGUUAGGUUCUAGCAUAUACUGUUAGCAGCAUCUAAAAGAGGUCCUUUUUUUGGGAACAGCAAGCGAUAUGUAUAUGACACCACUGUGUAGAUAGUAGUAGAUAUCCAAUGAAUUUUAUCUUACCUAAUUCUAAGACUGGCUGGCCCUCUGCAAUUAGCUUGUCAAUACUCUUAUACUAGUAUUAAUGAAGUGGAUGGAGCUUUCCUAA